GCGCAUUUAACCUUUAACACUCGCCCACGUUGUGUGUUCGGACGUCUAUUUUUUAAUUGAUAUUGUCUUAAUUUUUUUAAUUUGUUUGUCUUUUGUUUGAAGUUAAAAAAUAAUAUUUUGUGUGCGGUUAGAAAGUAAUAUUUUGUGAAGAAACGGUAUUGUUACAAAUAAUUAUGGAUACAAUUUAAUUAUUGAAACAAAUUUUGUGCAAUAAAAACACGUGUUUCUGACUUAAUAUCAAGUGGUGAAUUGCAUGUAUUUUGCUUGUCGCCCCUGUUUACUUUACAAAACGGAACCAAUUAUUCGCAAAAAAAAACACAAAUUUCUUUUCGUACGACAACAACAACAACAUUUAGUUAUAUUGUGCUCAUUUUGUAUGGACGUCCUUAAAAAUGUGCGCGACGAACAUAAAUUCGUAUACUAUCGAGAUCGAUGUGGCGUCAUAAAUUGUAAUGUUAAUUAAACGUAAGUUGGCACCUUAACUGCGAAUUUUCACGACAAACGACAAACGGCAAACGACGACAGCAGUCAAUAUAAGACAAUAAUAAGAAGGGAGCACAAGUCAAGUGUAUCACAUACAUACAUACAUGCAAACAUACAAUACAGCGAGGUAACUGUCUAAGUGAGAAAAACAAAUAACAACAAAAACGUGCGCAUUUAUAAAACAAAUAAGAAACAACAACAAAAUUUAAUCGAAUAACGUAAAAUCAAGUGAAUCUCGCAGCAGGAUCUGUAGCGCACAGCAGAGCAGCGGAGCCCACGCGAACAAAUGAUCACGUGCACAAUGCUUAUGAGCGCGCGAAAAGGUGAAUAUGUACAGUGAAGAAGCCACCGAUUGCAGUUAGUGGUGAACUGUGAUGAUAUAAAUAAAAGAAAAUAAAAAAUAAAAAGAAUAAAAAGUUAAAAGUGAAGCUAUUAAAGUGAGGAGCACGUGGACAAAGUAGUGUUGAGAAAAAAAUAAUGGUAUUCAAAUAAAAAUAAAAAAAUAUAAAAAAUUUAAUAAUAAAUAAAAAAAAUAUUUUAUAAUUUUUGUAAAAAAAAAAUUAAUUAAAAAAAUAAUUUGUUAAAAAAAAAAAUAAAAAAUUAAAAAUGUCGAUCGACUGUGAUUUUUCUGUGUAAAUAUUUUGUAAGAGAAAAGUGAAAGUGUUUUUAAAAAAUAAUAUCCCUUAACAAUAUUUCACCAAAUUGUUGCGAAUCAGGUGAGUAAUACGUUGACUUGCCAAAUACUCCUUACUGGAGCACAGCAAUCGCGGUAGUGUACAAUAAUAAUAAAAAAAUUAAAUAAAAUAAAAAAAAAUAAAAUAGGAAAUUAUAAAAAAAAUCCACAAAUAUAAUAAUAUUUUCAAAAAUUCAACUCAACCAUAACAACCAUAAACUGCCGCAAUCAGCUGAGGCGCCGCAGAAAACAGCACAAAGGAUGACAAUUAUGCCAGCCUUGUCAGCACAGCACACCCGCUCCAUCGCAAAGCUGCGACGGCAACAACAAUGCGCUACUAAAACUGUUUGCCACAACAACAGCAGCAGCGAUUCGCUAAGCAGCAUUUGUGCGCCACAUAUGGCAUGCGCCAACCACAAGUUCCUAUUCAUUGUGUUCCUUUGCACUGUGGGCUUACUGCUCACCGUGUGUCGUCUGCCCACCGUCAAUGCAGCUACAAAUCCGCGCGUAGCGCCCAGGCCAGUGCGUACCGAGCCGGGCGAGUGUCGUAGCAUUGAUAUACGUAACGACUGUGAGAGUUUCGAGCAAUUACAUAACUGCACUGUUAUACGUGGUUUCCUGUUGAUUGUCCAGGUACCGGCGGAGGACUAUGAAACGAGGAAACCGUGUCAUCAUGAGAAUUAUACUUUUCCGCUAUUGCGUGAAAUCAGCGAUUUUGUGAUAUUUCACGAUGUGCGCGGUUUGCGUAGCAUACGUAAUCUAUUCCCCAACUUGGCUGUGAUACGUGGUCGCCGUUUAUUUCUCAACUAUGCUCUUGGUUUUACGAAUAUGCCCGAUUUGGAAGCGUUGGAAUUCCCUUCAUUAAUAGCGAUACAACGUGGCCACAUUUACAUAAACAACUGUCCGAAGCUCUGCAAUUUAGACAAGAUUGAUUUCGAUCGCAUCACAUUGUCGGUGGGUGAAAAUCAUGUUUUUCCCAUGGCGCCAGAAGAUUGCCCCAAGAAAACCGUUUGUCAAAACUGUGUUACCGAACAUUGUUGGUCGAAUGAUGUUUGUCAGCGUUUUGAGAAUGACAAUCUAUUUGAUCCAGCAAAAGGUAUUCAGCAUUGUCACAGCGAAUGUCUCGGCGGCUGCCAUAAUAGUUCAAGUGAUGGUUGCUACACGUGUAAAAAUCGGGAGGACCACGGUAACUGCGUGAAGGAGUGUCCACCGGAUAAAUACUUAUUGGAAAUUGAUCAAACCUGUCAUACGAAGGAUGAGUGUAUGAAACUCUUCAAUAUAACUGGUAUGACUGUGAAGGACAACAAAUGCUUGAUAGAGUGUCCGGAAGGUUCGGUAUUUGAUAUAAAUGGACGUGACAUAAUUAAUUGCAUACCAUGCGAUGUGGAAACGCGCGACAAUAUCUAUACCAUAUUCAAUUUGGGCGAUGCGGAUCGUCUGCGCGGCUGCAAGUCUCUCAACGCGAGCGUAAUCAUAUCCAUACGCCAUACCGUUAACGAAGAUGAUUUAGUGAACAGUUUGGGUAAUUUACAAGAGAUCGGUGGCUAUUUGAAAAUCAUCGGUUCUGACGGACUUACGAGUUUGAAGUUUCUUAAGGGUUUACGGCGGAUCGCCGGUAGAGGAGAACUUUUGGAAGCCGGCUUGUACGGACUCGUUUUAUAUGAUAAUGAGAACUUGAGAGAUUUGUGGCAACCGCAGAAGAAUUUCGAGGUGGUACAUGGCAGCAUGUAUGUGGAGAUGAAUAAGAAGUUGUGCAAUCGUAAAUUGCGUGAAUUCGCGCGUAAAGUGAGACACGAUGUUCUGAAAGACGCAUUACAAGUAAACGAUCAGGAGGUGCUGUGUGAUCCCGCGAAAUUGUCUUUGCACAUUGAGAUAUUAUCCCAUCGCUCGGCGAAAUUCAGCUGGCCGAAAGAACAAACAUCUAGCGAAGUGGAAAUCAUGUAUCGCCCGAUCGCAGCGAAUGAGGAGUUUGUGGAGCACAGUGAGUUGGAUACACAUAUCUGCCGAAGAAUCCAAUGGACACGCAUACUCGCUUUUCCAAAGGACUUAGAAAGCAAUGAGACACACUACAUAUAUACUGCAAACGAUUUGAAGUCAAGAACACGUUACGCAUGUCUGGUAAAAACCUUCGGACUCGCCGACAUACACGAUACACGAAGUGAUUUGAUGUAUCUGACCACGAGAGUGGACCUACCGGGACCGCCAACUAUCAAUAUCACGCGGAAAAAUGAUGUUUCACUCACAGUACAACUGGAACAUUCGCCUGACGAUGUCGUAACCUAUUAUAAAAUGGAGGUCUAUAAUCUGACCGAUAAUAAACAGUUGUUGGAUCAUCGUGAUUUCUGCGUGCAACCGAAUCUCAUGUAUCACGACAAGGACACAAUUGUCAGCAACGACGAGGAUGAGGAUGCAUGUUGCCGGCGGAAGGAAGAAGAAGCAGACGAUCAUCGCUUCGUACACAAUAUGCGCAAACUGUUCGAGUGUAAUUUGGAUAAUAUGGAAAAUUGCCGCGCCAUCACCAACUUGGCCGAGCUGUCGCCCGGUACGGUUUCGCCAAUGAACGCAUGGUUAAGAAAGAAUUUGGAUGCAACGUCCCAUAAUGCGACAAUCAUUACGCAUUUGAAACGUUUUAGCCUGUAUACGCUACAGGUGCAGUCCUGCAAUGAAGCAGGUUGUGGUGCAUACGCUUUUCACUCGACGCGUACGAACUUCUCCAUUAGCGGCGACAGUUUGGAAUCGCUAAUGGCAUGUCGUAUUGGCGGUCUAAAUGAGUUUCAUGUAUACUUCCCCGAACCGCAGAACGCGAAUGGUGCGAUCACGUCUUAUGUGGUGCAUUUCCGUCUACAUCAACCAGAUGCCGAUACUUUUCAAUCACACAACGAGUGCGUAACACGUUCCCAACAUGAAUUUAAUAAUUAUCAGCUAAUCGCUCAAUUGGAUGCGCCCUUCAAUGAGGUAGCGGUGCGUGUUUUCUCGCUGGCCGGUGGCUUUCUCACGCCUUGGAUGCCGAUCACUAUUUGCCCGUUUCAAUCGGCUAUCGUUAAAAUGGGCGCUGUUACCGAGCACAAAAAGGGCUAUGCUGGCAAGAUAAUUAUGUCAUGCUUCUUGUUCGGUGUUUGCUCCUUCAUUGCGUGGGGUUGCUUCAAAUGGGGUUGGUGGCGUUGGCGUCGGUUCGAAGAAAUACGCCGUCAUUUCUCGCGUGUUUGGAACUGGGAGCCACGUCGUAUUGGUGAUGGUGGUCAAUCACUUGUUGAAUAUCGCAAUGUGCCCGAAGAAGAACGACUGGAGAGUUCGGGGUAGUGUUGACUAAUGGAAAACUUUUGAAAAUAUGUGUAACGGGGUUAAAAACAAUUUAAAGAAAUUAAUUGUUGUAUUAUAUUCUUGUUUUUACUUUUUAAUUUUUUUCGUUAGAAAAUCAAAGUGUUAUAAAUAUUUGAAAAAAGAGUUUCCUUUGUUUAAUGUAUAUUUGUCAACAAUGUGUUAAAUAUUUUACCGUUAGUGUGAUAUCUUGUAUUAUUUUAAUUAUUUUAAUUUAGUAUUAUUUAUGUUUUGUAGUAUUCAACUUUAAGCCUUUUAAAUAUUGUAUGCAAAUUUCAAGGUUUAAGCUUUUAUGUUCAUAUAAAUAUUUAUAUUUAAGAUAAUAGGCUCAUAGCAAAUUAAAAAAUCUGUAUUUGAAACCAAAAUGUGAAUUUAGCUAAGCGAGCUUGAUUUGAAUAAAUAUUAUUACUACUCUUAA